AUGUUGUCCCACGUCGAGAUGGCCCCCGCGGCCGGUGGGUUCAAGCUCUUCGGCAAGGUCAUCACGCAGCUGUGCGCCGCCGAGAGCGCCCCGCCGGCGCAGGAGGCUGCUUCCGCGGCGGCGUCGAGGAGCACGGCCGCCUUCGCGCGGGAGAGGGACGAUCCGGACGAGCGCGACCAGCCGAUGGUGAAGCGGGAGGCGGCGGCGUCGGACCACGACUUCGUUGCGGACAAGCAGCAGCACUCCGCCGCCGGCGGCGGCGGCGGCGGCGGGCCGGCGGCGGCGGCCGAGAGCGACGACAGCAAAGGCCAGCAGCAGCAGCAGCACCCGCGCCCGCGGCAUCAUCAUCAUCAGCAGCAGCAGCAGCAUCAGGACACCGCGGAGGCGCGCGCCGCGGCGGCCGCGUCGUCGGCGCCGCCGCUGCCGUGCCCGCGGUGCCGGAGCCGCAACACCAAGUUCUGCUACUUCAACAACUACAACGUCAACCAGCCGCGCCACUUCUGCAAGGACUGCCACCGCUACUGGACCGCAGGCGGCGCGCUCCGCAACGUCCCCGUCGGCGCCGGCCGCCGCAAGAACCGGCCCCUCGGCCCCGCCGGCGCCGUCCCCGUCCCCGUGCCCGUGCCGGCCCACCACCACCUGCACCACGCUCAAGCGGCGGCGGGCUUCGUCCUCGGCUUCCCCGGCCAGCACCCUUCCUCCCCGACGUCGCCGUCACCGGCCGUCUACGGCGAGUGGUGGCCGGUCUGCCCCGACCGCCGGUUCUGA